AUGGCGUCGACUGUUGCUAAAAUCCACCCAUUGCAACGACUGCCCAGUCCCUCCAGGGGCGUCUCGGCAUUGGUCCAUGCGUCCGGGCUAGCGAGUUUUAUCUGGUCGUUCAAAUACAUGCAUGACAACCCUAACCAUGCCAACGAAGCAUACGGAUGGCACUUCCAGUACCUGACCGUCAUCGGUCUCUCCCUGGCAACUCUCACCUUCACCGUGGGCCUACUAGCAGAUAUCACACUAUCUCCGCGGCUUUUCCUGGUUAAGAAUCUACUAUCCAUCUGUAGCGCCCCUAUGGAGGUUCUCAUUAGCAUUCUAUACUGGGGUCUCCGUCUUGUCGAUGAGCGGCUCGUUGUCCCCGAUUGGGCUGUUAUUCCCAUGAGUGCUGAUAUAAGCUUCCACGCCAUUCCCUCAAUCGUCUUCCUAAUCGAUCUGCUCUUCCUCUCUCCACCAUGGACAAUCACAAUCGGACCGGCUCUUGGCCUCUCCAGCGCAAUCGCCAUCAGCUACUGGUUCUGGGUUGAGCGGUGUUUCCAGAUUAACGGAUGGUACCCCUACCCAAUCUUCGAGCAACUUCCCCUCGAGGGCCGCAUCGGACUCUUUGGCCUAAGCGCUGUGGUUAUGGCUCUCAGCACGGCGACGCUGAAGUGGCUCCAUGGUCGUGUUAAUGGUUUCGGAACAUCGGUUAAGGCGCAGGCUAGGCCCGGUGCUGUUAAGAUGAAUGGAGGUCUUUAG